AUGACCACAACGCUGUACAAAGCAGCUGCGUCUGGAGACGUUGCAGCACUGGAGGAGAUGAUGCACAAGCAGAAGAAGAAUGUUGAUAUUCUCGCCCAGGUUUCCCAAAGAGGAGACACUGUUUUACAUAUAUCUGCAUUCCAUGGUCGUAGGGACUUCGUGGAAAAGCUUCUUCAACUCAUGAAAAAACCAGAUGAAGAAGCAACGAACGAAGAGCAACGACAUAGUUUCUUGAGAGCUCAGAGUGAAGAGGAGAACAGCGCUUUGCACGAGGCUCUGAAAGGAGGAGAUAAUGCCCAAAUCGUGAAAAUGUUAAUCACAGUUGAUGCAGAGCUCGCAGGCAUCAGCAACAACAAAGGCGAGUCUCCCCUCUUCACAGCAUCCGCCUAUGCACUCAAAAUGUUGUUGCCAAACACAGAUCCUCGCCACUACGCAAGAUUCGACGGCCAGACAUAUGCCUAUCUCGUUUCAACAAUUCUCUCUCAUCCACCUUUGUCUGUAUUCUUUCGUGCAGAGGUAGCUGCGGAACUUAUAGAAAAAGCCCCUGAGCUUUGCAAAAUAGCGGAUUACUUUUUGGGGAACACGCCAUUGCAUGUUGCUGCGUUACGUGGGUGUAGGAAGAGUACUGUUGAGAAGCUGCUACAGUGUGAUACUUCUUCUUCAUUUAAACAGGAUAAACUCAAACAACAGACUGCACUUCACUUAGCAGCACAACGUGGACAUGCGGACGUUGUGAAUUGCAUACUCAGGUUUGCAGAAGACUGUGUUGAAAUAAGAGAUGAAAGCGGUAAGACUGCUCUCCACUGUGCCGUUGAAAAUGCUCCAGCGGGUGUCGUGAAAUCUUUGGUGCGUUUCGCAAGAGUAAUUAAUAUCGCUGACAAGAAUGGAUACACUGCGCUCGACAUAGCAAAUCAAAAGUACAAUGAAGAACCAUUGUCUCCCUACUUUGCAAUUCGAAGAAUCCUCCGCAGGAAGAAUGCCAUCGAGGGAGUGGAAGCGGUAGACCAGAGAAAAAAAACAUCAAAGCCAUUUCCAAGUGAGGAAAAAUAUUCGACAACAAUUAACUGUCUUUCAGUAUGCGCCAUAUUGAUUGCAACAGUCACAUUUCAGGCAGCGUUCACCCUGCCACCCCAUGAGAAGUAUAACAGGUCCCUCUCCACCCGUUUAUCUCGCCGUGCUUUCGAAGCUUUUGUAAUAUGGGAUUGGCUGGCAUUUUGCACUUCUAUUGUAGCAGCAGUUCUUUUAGCAUACGCAACCUUUCUCCGACGCCAUCGGGGCUUCGUAGUUGGUCUAAGGCAUGACUAUUAUAAGUUGGCAGCUUUCUUCUAUUGUUCAAUGUAUUACUUCGCCCCCACUACCAUUAUUGUCAUAUUUGUGAUGUUGUAUAAGGCACUCGGUUUAGGAAUUCUGGAGUCCAUCAGGGGAGGGUUUUUUAUCAUAACAGUGUCCGCAGAGUUUACCCUGUGCCGACGAAUAAUCGGCUUUUUCAGGCCACUAGAAGAGCUGUUUAAAGUGAUUACAAGUGAAACUCAUCGUGAAGUGUUUGUAGUUGGUUUAUAUACAAAAUAG